UUCCUGCGCAUGCGCCCAAACCUUAAGGAAAUCAUGGCGAUGAUGGUGCAAACCGCUAACAGUUGACAGAAAUAGUAAAUAUGGCUUUAUCUAAUGAGGGGUUUAUGUUCGGGAGAUUUGAUGAUCUGAGCCCGGACGAACAGUAUAGGAUCUACAAGAUACUUCAUAGACAAAAAGGAGAGCCAGGAAGUAGAGUAGAGUUUCCAUGGGAUAAAGAAGAAGAUGAAGUAUCAGGGGCAGUUGGAGGUAAAUAUAAAUGUACAACCCUGCAAGAAAAGAACUUGGCAGUUACUGGUUUAGAAUUUGGAUUCCAAGGUGACACAAAUGAGGGUGUGCAAUUUAGUUUUAUGUCAGGGGAUUCCCUGAUGAUUCAGUCAGGAAACUUUGAAGGAGGCAUGUAUAACCCUGUCAAUGUGGAUCAACCAGUUCCAACAAAUGCAGAUCAGUUUCAGGGUCAGUUUAUGGUUCCUGGCAGUGGAGCCUACCCUGAACCUGGCAGUAAUCAAUUCAUGUCCGAAAACAUGAAACCAGCCAUGGAAAGGAUCCAGUAUAAUGAAUUUAGCCAAUUUAACAAUCAGAUGGAAUCGGCUGAUGAGCGUUCUGGACUUAACUCUAAGUUACAGGCAAGUAUGAAACCAUAUGAAAGAAGGAAUAAAAAGAAGAGACCUCCAGGUUAUUAUAAACAGUCUGAUUCCUCAGUUCCCCAACAAAAUUCCAAUGACUUUGCCCCCAUGCAGCCCGAUCUCACUCAGCCCCCUCCCAAUUUUCAUCCAGAUAUGCAUUAUAAUAUGCCACCUCCUGGACUCGUUCCCAAUCAGUAUACAGUAAAUAAUCAGUAUAGUGAAGUUAACCGGGAAAAUGUUGCAAACUUUCCUGCUGGAAUACCAGUGGCAUACCAAGGUGCUCCCACACCAACUGGUGCUGGUAACAUGGUCGUUGAUAAUGAUAAUGUUAAAAAUAAUCAAAGACAAGAAAUGGGGGAUCUUUAUGAAGUUGUGAUUGAUUCUGGCGCCCCACAGAAUAGUGCAAACAUUCCAGCUAGACCUGAAACAUAUCAAAUUCAAGACCAUGAACGGACUAACUCCCAGAGUAGUGUAGAUAAUGUUAAUCAAAGUAGUUCAAAUGUUUGCGAGUUUAUUCCAAACACAAAUGUUGCAAUUGAAAAUAGAAUGUCACAAUUAAACGUACAAAGCUCUGGCGUUGCCAAGCCAACGCGAGUGGAUGUGUCAAUAAAAGAUGCCCAAGUUAUUGAUGAACCUAGUCAUAUGCCAUUAAACACUGUGCAAAUAAGUCAAGAAAAACAAGUAAUUGACAUCAAUACUAAAGAGGCAAAUGAUGCAAAUGAUUCAAAAUAUUCGGAUAACGCUGCUGAGUUUAUGGAUGAUUCAAAAAUGAAAUCAGAUUCGGAAAUUAAAGAUGAACCUGUUGUUAGUACAGAACCAUCUGUUGAACCAGAGACCAGCGCAGUGAAAAAUCCUGAGCCAGUGAUUCAGGAACCUGUGAAAACAGCAAAACCCGUGUCUUGGGCUGGUUUAUUUAAAUCAAACAAUUCGAAUGUGACCACACCUGAAGCUCCUAUGUCUUAUAGAAGUUCAGGUGGGGAUAACUCUAGUGUUGGUGCUGAUAGUGAGCAGAGAAGUGAAAAGGAGUUAUCUCCCAUGCCUGUGCCAGCCAGCGAAGAUAGUGCAGCAAAAGAACUAGGAGAGCAUUUAUCAAAGAUGGUCAUCAGUCACGCAUCGGUAUCGUUGCAGCCCAGAGGUCUUGUUAACCGAGCAAAUUGGUGCUAUAUUAAUGGAACAUUACAAGCUCUCGUAGCAUGCCCUCCAUUCUAUAAUUUACUGAAGAAGUUACCACGGUACCCAGCACUGUCACGAGGUCCUUCCUCUACACCUAUACUUGAUGCAUUGGUUGAGUUUGUACACGAGUUCAUGCCAAUGUCAAGAAACUUUGAAAAGGGACAUAAAGGUGUAAGAGAUAUAACACCUGGACAACCAUUUGAACCUGCAUAUGUCUACAAGAUGCUUCAAGCCAUAGCUGUCAACCCACACUUUAAGCUGGGAAAACAAGAAGAUGCUGAGGAGUUUUUGAGCUGUAUAUUAGAUGGUAUGCAUGAAGAAAUGUCUGCUGCUGUCAACCUGAACUCUAACAAUAUUGACGGUAAUGGAAAUGAAACUGUCGAGUCCGAGGAUGGUUAUGUGAAUGGUUACAUUCAUGCUGAAGGUGAAGAGCUUGAAGGGGAACCAGAGGACAGCUGGGAACAAGUUGGACCCAAGAAAAAAUCCGUUCUUACAAGAAGGGCAAACUUUGCAAAGACCCCUAUAGCAGAUAUAUUUGCUGGUUUGGUUCGGUCAGCUGUGUACAAGUCCUCAUCAAAGGAAACGGCAACCUUAGAACCUUUCUUUACAUUGCAAUUAGAUAUACAGUCUGAAAAGGUAUGGACUGUGAAGGAUGCCCUUGAAGGCCUUGUCAGUAAAGAACAAAUCAGUGGGUACACAUGUUCGAAAACAAAUUCAGAGGUGGAGGUAAUGAAGAAAUUAAGUUUGGAGGAACUGCCACCUGUACUUAUUCUACACCUGAAAUGUUUUGUCUACAACAAAGAUGGUGGUUCACAGAAACUUAUGAAGAAAGUGGACUAUGGUAUUGAAUUAGAAAUCACAAAAGAUUUACUGUCUCCUAGUGCACGCAGCAAACUUACUGUAAAUCAAAGAUCUUACAAAUUAUUUGCAGUUGUCUACCAUCAUGGGAAGAAAGCAACAGGUGGACACUACACUACAAACGUAUUCCAUCCCGGAAUCAACGGAUGGGUGAACAGCGACGACAGUCAAGUGAAGACAGUAACGGCACUCUCGGUUCUGAAAUAUUCACCCCCUCGAGUACCGUACUUGCUGUAUUACAGGAGACUGGAUAGCCACUAGUGCUGUACAUGAGAGGGUUAUUGUGAAAUGAGAGGUUAUUAUGAAAUGAGAGGUUUUCUACAGAGAGAGGUUUAUUAUGUAAUUUAAACAAUGGUUUAUAGCCUUUCUGAGCAAUUGAAUUCAGAAGGCUUGUUAGUUCAGUGAUAUGACACAAUGAUUUAUUCUGUGUAUAACAAUGAUGUAAAGUGUUUGUUAUAUUUGUAUAGUUUUGUGAUAUACAACAAUGGAUUAUUGACAAUUUAACGAUAGUCUGCCUUUGUGAACAUUAUGUACACUUAACUCUUAAAGGUUGAUCGUGAAAAGUGUUAGAUAGCAAUGGUUUAUUUCGUAAUAUUAAUAAUGAAGAUUUGCUUUUGAAGUUAUUUGAUUUACUAUAUUACAAACUACAAAGGUUUGACAGUGCGCAGUAGUUGGUUUAUUAUUCCAUAUUUGCUUACAAUGUUUGAUAAAUAUUGCAAGUAGAUGGUGAUUAGAUAUUAUAUAGGCUUAAUAGUAUGCCGUGAUAUAUAUGUAUAACCAAUGGUUUGUACUGUAUUAAAACAACGGUGCCUCGUUCGUCAUGGAUUUGAAAGACACUUGUGAAUAGGUAUUGCGGAUUAUUAUUUAAUUAUAAACAAUGAAAUAUUCCUGACAAUAGGAUAUUGUAUAGAAAAAUAGAUAUGUUGUACAUAUGCUAUGUAGGGAAUGGAACUGGAUGGAGUUAAUGACAAACAAUACAUGUAUAAUGAAGACAGUAGUGGACUAAUUUGGUGCAUCAGGCUGGAUUUUGAAUUCUAGUGAAAUACCUAGGAAGAUCUUAAAAGUACAAGGAAGAAAAAUAACAAUAUGUUUACAUGUACUUUAUAAUAUCCCAUAAAAAUUGUCUUGUAGAAUAUAUUUAAUGGUACUUUUUAAAGGUUUCAAUUAAUUGUGUUGCUUUAAUGUCUUCUUAUAAUUGUUGAAAGGGUUUCAUUCUUUAAGGGGAAAAAUUCAAGGAUGCUAUUGUUAUUUUGUACGGAGCCAAAAAUUUGAAAACUUUCAAGUUUUAGCAAAUUACUGUGUCUGUUCACAUAAUUUUCAGGAUGCUUGAAUUAGAUCUUCAUGAGAAAAAUUCAGUUAUGAAAAGUUCAAUUAACUAAGAUAUCUGUAAAAAAAAAAUUUGAGCAUGCAUUAACAAGAUCUUAAUGAGAAAGUUUUAAUUAUGGUAAGUGAAAAAAAAAAACUGAGAUAUUUUUAUUGAACACCUAUGAAAUAUUCCACCACUUAUACCUAUCACAUUAUUGACUAAUAUGGAGGAAAGAUAAUACUUGAAUCUACGACUAUGAUGUUAAUCUUCUUGUAAACUGCCAUUAUUUCACUUCGGAUAUAUUUAUAUUACAUUCUAUAUAUUUAAACAAAAGCUACGGGUUUUGCUUAAAAAACUUUUUGUGUAGUCUUAAUUGCAUUGUGUUUACUUUUUUGUCACCUAUGCUUGUUUUGUAUGAUUUUGGUCUUUAAAUUUUCAUUAUUUUGUGUCCUGUCGCAGAAAGAAUUUAUAAGAAAUCCAUACACUGUUUUACAUUUAAAAAGAAAGAAAGAAACAUUUUGAACUAGGUGUAAUGUUUUAGCACCUCUAUUGUUAAUAAUGGCAUGUUCAUUGUAUCAGAAUUGAGUAAAGCAAAUUGUGUACAUCUAAAAUUAGGGUGGAACUGUCAAAAUUGGAAGUCUGGCAAGUAUAUUUGUCAAAGUUCAUCGAGGAAAUCGAACAUUGGAUAGUGAAGUGAAAAGCUUUAUUACUAACUUUGGUUAUAAAAUUGUAGAAUGUUGUUGUAUAUUUUAUGAAAUUAUUUAAUCUACAUUGAUCUAUCACUCAGACAAUUUCUACACACUUUAACUGAUAUUAUUGACAGUUUAUCUGAUUAUUGAUAACAGUGAACACUGCAGCUUUAGAUUUAACUUGUAAUGCUUUUGUCAUCACAAAAGUUAUUAAAACCCCAUGGGAGUGCAGCCAUCAACACUAGAUUUGACAGAGUAUGAAUAUCAAUUUAAAAUUUGAGACAUUUCAUUUUGAAUUUUUCCAGUAGGGAAUUUAAUGUUUAUGUAUAUGCCAUUUAUUAUGUUUCUUGCAGUAAAAAUAUCGGUGAAAACAGAAUGAUGCUUGCAAUAGAAUAAAAUCUUGUCAUAAAGUUGAUAUAUACCUUGAACUGUGAAGACAAGUUUCAAUUUUAAUUAGACAUAGCUUUAGCAUUAAUUUUAUUGGCUAUUUCACUUUAAUUCUUUUUUUCCUUUGCAAAAGUGAAAAAAAGCACACACAAAAACAAAGGGAGUUAACUGGGCAAGAAAUAAAAUUGUUCAGAUAUUGUGUAUGUGAAGUAUUGGACGGUAUGUUUAAGUUAGAGAUAUUUUUGAUAUUUUAACUGUUAUAUGUUAAAACAGUGCCCGUUCUCCUAUAUACUGUUAUACAGUAGGACAUGUGUGUACUAUAAAAUUGAUAAAUAUUAUGAUGUACAUUAUUUAUUGUAUAUAACUAUUAUUUUGCCCUUAUGGAAAUAUAUAUCAUUUAAUUGACCCCCGUUUUCUGCAUUUAUGUUAAAAGACUUGCAGCAGUGGUAACACUGCUAAAAUGAACUCUAUAUAACUUAACAAGGUCAAAUUAUUUCUUUGAUUAAAAUGACUGUUAUGAUUUGUUUUUGUGUGUUUGUGAAAGAAAAGUAUACAUGUGAAGAAAAGGAAAAAAUGAAUUUUUUUCAUGCAUUGGUGCAGAAAAAUGAAUAGCUGAUAGUAAUUGUAUGUGUGCACAUGUCCGUAUGUUUGUCUCUAGACCUCACCUCGACUCUUUUAACUUAUUCGAUUACAGUUUAACUUGACAAGAAUAUUUAAGAAUAGACCUUGUACAUAUCCCUUAUUUGGUUCUGUUGUGAGUUAUAGCCCUUUGUUUAAAAUCUUAUCAGCACUGAUUUUCAGCAGCAUAUGGUAGUUCAUUUUUUUCAGGUAUUGUAUCUGAAUAUGUUUAUAUUUUUGUUUUUGUUUUGUGUAUUUUUUAUUAGCAUUUGUUGGAAUGUUUUCCCCCUUCUCUCCCCCCACACUUUGGUCUCUUGGGUUUUGUAUUGAUGAUGUUAAAUGUAAUACACUGUAUUGAAUAAGCAGGUGUUAAUACACACCUGUGAUCUUGAAGACUACUUUAGCCUAUUUAUAUAUUUAACAGUUUCAUAUGGUGUCUCCUAAGGAGUCCUUACAAGUAGGAAUACUAGACAAAUUCACGGAUGUUAGUACAAAAUGUUCCUUUUAUUCUUGCAGUGUGUUUUAUAUCGCUUAAAGUUGUAGUAGAUUGCUGGGCUAAUUAUUCAAAAUGACAACACCUUGAUAAUGGGAUAAUGGACUUCAGUCACUUAAUUAAACAUUUGAUUUUGAACUUGUUCAUCUUGUCUGGAAAGAGGUAGGAAGUAUAAAAUGAAGAAAGGUUUUUGGUCUGCACUCUGGUGCUUGCUGUUGCAUUCAAUAACUUGUCAAUCUUUUAUAUUUGUGGGCAUAUAACAAUUAUGAUACUGGAUUUACUUUAAAUAUGAUAUAAUAUAUAAUAAAGAUUUAUCACGGUUAAAGACACUUUAUGCCUAAUAAUGCUAUUAUAGUAUCCUGUUACAGUUUCCAAAACAUAAUGCAUUGACCAUAAAGCCGUGGCAUCUUCUGCAUUUUUGCAAUUAGUACAGUUAUAAUGAUUUUAAGCAUUUUGUAUAUAGGCCAAAUUACUACUUUGUUAACAUUUUGCUAUCUUUAUUGCAAAUAUUUUCACCUUCAAAUAUAAUUUCUUCUGAUGAUAAGCAACAUGCUUUUAAUCCAACAUUACAACAUUAUAUAAUACAUAUUUGCCCUUUCUGCAUCACUUCUGAGGCUUAAUGUGCCUUUAAUUUCCAUUGUAUAAAGUACUUAAAAAAUCUAUACAAAUAUUUUUGUGUCAGACCUGAUUUUGUGUGCCAGUGGAGAAAAUGUUAAAUACAUAAAAGUAUAAAUAAUUUGAUAGUUUUAUGCAGAAUACAGAAAAAAAUUGCAAUGGCUUGGCAUUAAAGUUAGAAUUCCUAUAAAGCAAAAUCUAAUGCAGUUAAUGAUUACAAAUUUUAUAAACUAGAUAACAUUUCUUUUACUAGUAUGUCUCACUGGUUAAACUUGAUUUAUAUCAGUUCUAUAUCCUUGUUUCUUUUGCUUUGCCUUUCAUAGUUUAGAUAAUAUUUAAAUGUUAACAUUAAUUUAUUACCUCUUAAUUAAAAACUAUUUAUAGCAGUGGCGAUAAUAGCCUGAUUAUGGAACGUCAGUGGUUCUAGUCAGGUGCCUGCUUGUUCCAGACAUAAUGGAGGGGGGGACACCUGAGGUCUUCUUUCCCCAGUAUAUCUGGAAAGUCGCCUAGUGACCAUUACAGUGUUGGUGUGACUUGAAACACAAGAAUUACAACAAUAGUGGCAGUAAUGUCUUCACAAUACAGCAUGAUCAGUCGUGAAGGUUAAAGCAUCUCGUUCAGCAUCUUGAUAAUGAAAUCCCUGAAAUUUGAAAUAGACCAGUCCAAUUUCAAAGUCAUUUCAAACAUUUAUGUGUUAUAAAUAAUCAUCAAUCAUUACAUGUAUCUAGAAUAAAAUUUUGUUGUUAACUGGUUAACUUUUAAAUGAUCACCAAUAGCUAGAUAUAUGCAGAAUCAAUUUUAUUGUUGUCUGGUUGACUUAAAAUGAUCAUCAAUAAUUAAGAGGUAUCCUGCAUAGAAAUGAUCACCAGUUUAGAAUAAAAAAAUAUGGUUGAAUGGUUAACUUAGAAAUAAUCAUCAGUAAUUUGACAUAAAAAAAAAAAUUAUUGACUGGUUAACUAUCAUUUUUGUAAUUAGACCUAUUCGGAAUAAAUUUUGUUGAUUCCAUGCUAAUUCGAAAAUGAUAAUCAAUUAUAUGAUUUAUCAAGAAUAAAAAUGCUGACUGGUUAACUUAGAAAUGAUCCUUUGGUGUAUCCAGAAUUGAAUGUUGUUGAUUUACUACCUUCUAACAGAAAUAAUGUAGUUAAUCUGGUGUCCUGUUUAUCAAUUAAUGUUAAAUUUUGUGAGUGAUAUCAAUUGAAAAAUGUUUCAAGAAUAUUGAUAACAAAUGCUUUUGUUAAUAUGCUAUUUCAGAUACUUGAAUAAAUUGUAUAAACCCCAUUA